AGUAAGCGCCCUGGAGCCCGCCAGCAAGCGCGUGCUCGCGCCCACUGGGCGCGGGACCGCCCGUCUGCGCCCUGUGCCGCUUGGAAAAGACUACAACAUGCCGGGGGAGGUCUCUGCGAGCCGGGGAAAACGUCGCUGGUCUCCUCAGCGGAGACAAGCGUGCAGCGCAGGGACCGUGCCUGCCAGCAACCCUCCCCGUGGCGCCGCGGAAAUAUGUGACAAAGGGAAUGUGACGGCUAACGCCGCCUCUCCGGUGAUGCCGGGAGCCCGCAUCACCCUCUCCUGCCAGCUGGGACCCCUGCGGCACGCCGAGCCCUGCAGGCUAGCGCUUUUCAUUAACAGCUCCGAACUAAUUAGCAAUUACGGCAGUGCAGUAAGCACCGAGUUUCUAGUCCAUACGUACGGCAAACACAUGUUUACCUGCAAAAUAGUCUGUGGCUACAAGAGAAAACUCGUUUGUGGGAUCGAUAUAGAAUCUGGAAAUCCCCCAGAUGAGCCAAGAAACGUGUCGUGUCUCCAGUACGGGACAGACGGCCAUCCCACCUGCACCUGGGAUAAAGGAAGGCUCACGUACAUCGACACUACGUACGUAAUACAGCUAUCAAACGGGACGGAUGUCUUAUGUGUUUCAGAAGAAAGUCUGAAUAAGAAGUUUGGCUCGCUGGCUCUGAGCAAGUUGAAUUUUGACUCUACUUACACCGUUGUGGUUGCCGCCUCCAAUGAGCUAGGAAGUGCUUUUUCGCAGCCGCUCGUGUUCAUGUUAGUAGACAUAGUGAAACCACAUCCUCCCAACUUUUUAGUGGAAUUUGAAAAUUCUUCUGCAACCAAUUGCACCCUUUUUUGGCACGAUGAAGCACAAGCGCAGCACUGCAGGCUGAGAUACCGUCCACUUACCAGGCACACCUGGAGCACGGUUGAAAGCUCGAACAGUGAGAAGUGCAGUCUUUAUGGCCUGGAGCCUCAUACAGCCUACGAGUUUCAGGCCAGCUGUAAAAUUCACCCUGAGCGAGGACUGUGGAGCAACUGGCGGGCCUACCAAACCCGGACUCCAGAAGCAGCGCCGACCGGGCUCCUGGACAUCUGGUACCGACAGCAGGACGUGGACUCUCAACGGCAGAACAUCUCUCUUUUCUGGAAG